GGUCAUGGAUCGAUGCGCGUUCACGGCAUUCCGAGAUGGCGCGCCCGUGCUUCUGAGCAUCGUUCUGAGAAGAGGAGCGAUAGAGAUAGAGAGCUUUACCACACCAAGUGUCCACCGAAUGUCUGCCUCUUCACGUUGCCAAUGACCAAUCCUCGCAUUCCUAUGUAUGCCAGUUGACAUACUGAACACGAAGGACCAGGCUUCCACCUCUGCGAGGAUUCAGGACUCCUAUAGCGGGUUGCGCGUUUUUUUCAGGAGCACCUGACAUUUCCUGUGGCAGAUUUACUCGCUGGAUCAUGGCACAGACCAACAGUGGUGGGCAGGGUACCAACGGGGUAGCGGAUGAAUCCCCCAACAUGAUAGUGUACAGAAAGAUGGAGGAAGUAAUAGCACGUAUGCAGGAUGACAAAAAUGGCAUUCCCAUCCGAACAGUGAAAAGUUUUCUAACCAAGAUCCCCAGUGUUUUUUCAGGUUCUGAAAUUGUACAGUGGAUGAUCAAGAAUCUGGAUAUUGAAGAUCAAGUGGAGGCUCUUCACCUAGGAACUCUGAUGGCUGCACAUGGUUACUUCUUCCCCAUCUCAGACCACGUCCUCACUCUCAAAGAUGAUGGCACUUUCUAUAGGUUUCAGACUCCAUACUUUUGGCCAUCAAACUGCUGGGAACCAGAAAACACAGACUACGCUGUUUACCUCUGCAAAAGAACAAUGCAAAAUAAAGCACGUCUGGAGCUUGCAGACUAUGAAGCGGAGAGCUUAGCAAGGCUACAGAGAGCUUUCGCCAGGAAAUGGGAGUUCAUUUUUAUGCAAGCAGAAGCACAAGCGAAAGUGGAUAAGAAAAGAGACAAAAUUGAGAGGAAAAUUCUCGACAGUCAGGAAAGAGCAUUCUGGGACGUGCACAGACCAGUGCCAGGAUGUGUGAAUACAACAGAAGUUGACAUAAAGAAGUCAUCCAGAAUGAAAAAUCCCCACAAAACCAGAAAGUCUGUGUAUGGGCUGCAGAAUGAUAUCCGUACCCACAGCCCAACCCACACCCCUGCCCCAGAGGCCAAGCAGCCUACAGAAGAAGAACUACAGGAACAGAUCACCUUUUGGCAAUUACAAUUAGACAGGCAUCGACUGAAAAUGUCCAAAGUGGCGGAGAGUUUGCUGGCCUACACAGAGCAGUAUGUCGAAUACGACCCCUUCCUCACGCCUUCAGAUCCAUCCAACCCAUGGAUCUCAGAUGAUGCCACACUCUGGGAGCUAGAAGCCAGUAAGGAGCCAGGCCAGCAGAGGGUAAAGAGGUGGGCUUUCGGCAUCGACGAGGUUCUCAAAGAUCCAGUGGGGAGAGAGCAGUUCCUCAAGUUCCUGGAGUCUGAGUUCAGCUCAGAGAAUCUCAGGUUCUGGCUAGCGGUCCAGGAACUUAAGAAACGUCCUAUCAGAGAAGUUCCAACCCGUGUUCAGGAGAUCUGGCAGGAGUUUCUGGCCCCCGGAGCACCCAGUGCCAUCAACGUGGACUCCAAGAGCUACGACAAAACCACCCAGAAUGUCAAAGAUCCCGGACGCUAUGCCUUUGAGGAUGCACAGGAACACAUCUACAAGUUGAUGAAGAGUGAUUCUUACAGCCGUUUUAUCCGCUCCAGUGCCUAUCAGGAGUUAUUACAGGCCAAGAAGAAGAAAAGUAAGAACUUGUUCUGAAGGCUCUCAAUUCCAGCGCAGGGAAAAGCACUAGUAUCCAAGAGGCUGACCAGUCAUGUGCCAUCAUGCUAAAAUCAAUGCCAUCUCUCUCUCUGGGACAUGGAGAGUGGGGACCAUCUCAUCUCUUCAUCAUUAUUGUCUGCCCAUCCACUCUUGGCUCAGCCGGGCGAUGAGCCGGACCGCCUGUUCGUCUGUUGUCUACCGGAUGUUGCAUGUCCAUGGAGAGGAUGUUCCUUCUUCUCUCUCCUCUUACAGUACACAAUGUAUUUCCAGUAAUCUAGGAAAGGAGGCACUGCUGGACUUGUGAGGAUACUGACAGACUGGUCAGAUUAAAAAUGUCAUUGAAGAAUAUUGAAUCCAGUGUUCCAGUUCUUUCUAUCGUAACUGCCGGAUUGGAGCCCCCUCUCUCACUUCCAGCUAAACCAAUGAUGUCAGAGAGAGAAAAAAAGAAGAAAAACACAU